AUGCGAAGAAGUCAUUCACAAAUAGCUCAUGGUCGUCACAUGGUUAAUAAUAACUUAGACAAAUGGAACAUAUUGGAACAAAAUAAAAGAAAACAUUCAUUAUGUCGAGAUGGGUAUAAUGGAAUAAGUCUUGAAACUGGACAUAUCCAUGUUUACCUUAAAAAGGAAGAUAGUAAAAAUAAUUUUGAUAAUGAAAAAAUAGAACAAAUUAAUACAUCAAUUUCUUCACUUGACAAAGAAUCUCAUUUACUUUCAUUUAAUAAAAAUGAUUGGAAUAAUGAAAUUAUGGGAGAAGAUGAAAAGAAAAGUAAUAGUGAAGAGAUCAAAGAGGAUGUAAUUGAUAGAUGGCAAGAUGCAAUUAUAUCAAAUUCUUCUGUUUCACUAAGAUUAAGUGACAAUGAAAAUGAACAGACAACUGAUGAGAGAGCUUCUCUUAUUACAGCUAUUAGCAGAAGAAAUGUUUAUGAGAAAGAAUUAAUGGCAAACACUUUUAAAAAAGAACCUGUAUUUGAAUGUCCUAAAAAUUCAUCAAAUAAAAAUUUAGAAAAAAAUAAUUCUAUACCAACAAAACCAAUAUUUUUAAAUAAAAUUAGUAGUCCAAUAACAAUUCCUAAACCAAGAUGUCGUUACAAUAAUGAAAUAGUUUGGCAAGUUGAUGAGACAGUUUAUUGUGGUGGUAUUGAAGCUGUCUCUAAUUUAAAUUUACUUUGUCGUUUAAAUAUUGAAUAUAUUGUUGAUUUGUCUGGUUUAGAUGAAGAAGUUACAUCUAGAAGAAAUGAAUGUCCAUGUUUAUGCUCUAGAAAAACACCACAUUCAAGAAUGAUUAUGGCUAUUAAGUUGAAUGAUGAAGAACUUUUACCAAAACAAAAUUUAAUGCCUUUCUUUGAGGAUGUCGUUAAAUUAAUAAGUCGUGCAAAUGUCGUCAAAAAAUGUGUUCUUAUUCAUUCAAUAAAAGGUCGUAACAGAGCACCAGCAUUUGUUGCAGCAUACAUGAUGCAUAAACAUCAUAUAACACGUGUUCAAGCUGUUACAAGGAUAUCUGAUCUUACAUCCAAAAUUAGACCUGGUAUUAAUAUUUCUGAUAAUUUACAAAGAGCACUAAUGAAAUGGCAAAGUAUGCAAGGUAUCAGAAGUCAAGAUGUUCAUUUGGAUGCAAAAUUAGUUACACCUUUAUUUUCAGUUAAGAAAACAGCCUGGACAUAA